GGGUAAUGAUUACAUUUCGGAUCAAAAUUGGGUACCCUAUGCUGAGAAUGAGAGCAUGGCGGAAUUCUAGUAUAAGUACAUUGUCGAGCACCCAUGUCAUGACGAUCCUCUAUCAUCGGCUAUGGCUGCCGAUCAUCCUGGCUGCGCUGGUGGUGAGGCUGUGGAAUGCCCCGCAGGUCCUCGACCUGGAGUCAUUGCUACAAGCUGGGAAUGGAAAGGAGGACCACCAGGAGCGGUCUGUCCUCGUCUUGACCGCUCAUCCUGAUGAUGAAGCCAUGUUCUUUGCGCCGAGCAUAUUGUAUUUGAUAGAAAGCGGAUGGGACGUGUAUGGUCUCUGCCUCAGCACCGGUAAUGCGACGGGCUUGGGAGAGAUUCGAAAGCGGGAGCUCGUGGAGAGCUAUAGGAUACUGGGUGUGAGUGCAGAUAAAGUAUAUCAUCUGGAUGAGCCAUCACUUCAAGAUGGAAUGAACAUUAUAUGGGAACCUGAGGCCCAUAUCCUACCGUACCUUCAGGCACACCUUGAAAAGCAACCUGUGAAGCACAUACUCACUUUCGACGCCUACGGUGUAACGCAGCAUCCGAACCACAUGAACCUGCCCAGAGCUGCUCAAGCGAUCGGCCCAGCCGUCAAAGUCAUCACCCUGAAGUCACCGAGUGUACUGUCCAAGUUUACUGGCGUACUGUGGAUACUGUAUCACAAGCUUUUCUCAAGGUCUGACCCAGACGUCGCGAUUGUUAUCUCCUCCCCUCGACAAUGGUGGGCGGGUAUACGGGGUAUGCUCGAGCACAGAUCACAGCUUGUAUGGUUUAGAUGGCUGUACUUGGCAUUCUCGAGGUUGAUGUGGGUCAACGAACUCGUCCUGUUGUAGUCAUAAAUCCGAUCAGCAUCAUAUCGAGUGAGCAUGAACGUCUGCCGCUAGGUCUGCUUUA